UGUAAUGCUUUGGUCGUUUGGAGGUGAAAAGGUGUUUCGGAAGGAAGUGAAGACAUUGUUUUGGUCGGACGAGUGCUGUUUUCUAAACGUUUGGCAAUCGAGUGUAAGCGUACCAGUUUCAAGUGCGGGCCAAAGUUAUUCAGUCAAGUUGAUUUCAUUAACUCUACUCUUCUCCCAGUUGUUCGUAUACCGGCGUCUGUAACCGACGAGUUGCCAUCGUUGUUCAGGUUUUUCCACCAUCCUCGUUGCCUCCUCUCUUUCUUCAAGGAUUCUAUCAUGGCCGUCUCUGACCAUUCUGCAGGUGUACUGGUUGCCAGCCUGCUGCUCAUUCAUUCUCUAUUGUUAACUGACUGCAAUGGUCAGGCCGUCACUCUAACUGCUGGUGGUACGGGACAAACAUAUCCAUUCAACGUGGCAUUUGGUGAUGGACAACCUACAGCCAGUGUUACCGAUUACUUACCGUGGUGCGUUUUGGACAGUGAACGAAAAUCAUGGAUUCGACUAGAGAAGACUGAUGGUAGUCUAGUGUUGGCUAAGUUAGAGCACUCCGAAUUAACAGUGAUGCCCUCAGAACAUCCCAUACUGGACACGUCACACACUGGACUGUACCAUUGUAGAACAGUGGAUCGCAACUCAACACAAACAUAUCAACUCAACAUUGUAGCAAAGCAAAGUCGUACUACUGUCACUCCUACAACAAUGGUUUUCAACUACACUGAUCAGAGAUAUGAUAUACCAUGUAAUACUGUGGGUUCAUCAGGUAUGAGUGUAACUUGGACAUCCACUUUAGAUCUUAGAAAAAGAAUUGUGAACAGAUCAUCUCAAAAUGGACUGCUGGAAUAUGAGAACUCUACUUUCAGUUUUAUGGGAAAUGAUUCCAGCGUAAUGCUUACCGGAGAUAACCCAGCUGGUGUGAGGUUCAAUGUGACAUGCACUGCAGCAUACGAGACCAGUUUUAAUUGUAGAUUCGUAGAUACUUCUGGAGGUGCAAGGCAGCCAUCCCAGGAUGUACUGGACCGAUGUGUUGGAGCAGUCAAGCCUUUGUCAACAGCGUACUCCAUCAGCAUUCAAGCACCAAAAAAAUCAUCUCGAACUGACUCUGGAACGGCACCAAACAAAUCCUCUCGAACUGACUCUGGAACGGCACCAAAAAAAAUGAAAAAAGGAGUAGCAAUUGGAACAUCAGUAACAGUUGUAGUAGUAGUAGUAGUAGUAGGACUGGUAAUGGUAUUUCUAAAAUACCGAAAUACACCGAAUGGAAGAAGUGAAGGAACGAGGAUCAACAAGGCUAACUCUAGCCCUCAGCGUCACAGCCCGAGAUAUCAGAGUGAAGUCCCCUGCUAACGCUGCUGAACCAUCCAACCAGUGUGUUGCAUGAAGAGUGGAACCAAUUUAGUAUUUAAGACGUACACCAGGUUUGUACGCUAUUUUUCCUACGCAUGCAUUUUCCAACUAUCAGUGUAACUACAUUUUGUGCUGACCAUUUCUUAGUUUAUAUGGACAGCAGCCCUUCUCUCUUCAUACAAUUCCUCGAGAAUCACGUACUCUAUUGCUAAAAGUAGGUAUGUAAAACACAUGCAGAUGUUUGCUUUAAAUUUGUUCAUCCGAGAAAUUUUUCUCACGUUCAUAUCCAAUCGCUAUAUUAGGUGCUGUUUUAUCUAUGCAUGUCUGGUUUGCUUCAUUUCCAUUUAUGGCAAGCAAGGACAUUUAAGAAAGCUAUUUGAGAUUUUUGUAAAUAUUUUUGGUUCUUGUUUACUUACCUCCGUAUAAUGUUAUAGGGACUGGAGACUGUCAUUAAUGAAAACCGGAAUACAUGCCUCUCUGUGCGGUGUAACCCUUUGAUUAAUUUAGAGGAGAUUAAGGAUUUCUGUUAGGCUUUCUGUUUUCAUUGAGAGAUAUGUUGGUAAGGUAUUUCAUUUGCGAGAACAGAAAGUUUCUAUUUUAUUACACAGCUAGGCUUAGUUAUCUUGGAUGUACAUCCAAAAUUCAUUGCAGUAUGGUUAUUAUGUCCAGAACUCAAAAGAUGUGUAUUAACAUUAUUAUUUACAUCAUGAUAGCUAUAUUUCAUGUCCGAUGGCGGCCUAUCUUUUCGUUUUUCCUUCAUUACCUUGGCACAUGUUAUUGGGGCUGGAUAUCAUUUUCACUAAAUUUAGAGGAGAUAAAGAUUUUCUGUUAGGCUUUCUGUUUUCAUUGAGAGAUAUGUUGAUGAGGUAUUUGAUUUGCGAGAGCAAAAAGUUUAUAUUUCAUUACACAGCUAGGAUCAGUAAGUGAGAUUGUACUCUUUAUACCUUAAAUUAGGAUUCAUAAUCUUCAGUAUUUAUCCUGAAUUUGAUUGCAGUGUGCGUAUGGCGUGCAGAGCUCAAAGGACGUGUACCAUGAGAGUUCUAAUAUAUGUCCACUGA